AGGCGCAAGGCCAGCCCGGGACCCGGGCUACGGAGCUGGAAAGGCGGCGCGAGCGAGCGAGCGCCCGCGCUCCGGCGCCCCAGGCAGCGGGGCUGAGCCGGCCGGCCGGAGGAUGGCCCCGAGCGCGGACGUCGGCGUCUUCAGAAUGUUUCUGUUCCUGCUACUGCUAUGGUUGCUGCCCACCAUGGAAGGUUCCCAACGGACAGAGCCUAUGUUCACUGCAGUCACCAAUUCAGUGCUGCCUCCUGACUAUGAAAGCAACCCCACCCAGCUCAAUUAUGGUGUGGCUGUCACUGAUGUGGACCACGAUGGGGACUUUGAGAUCGUGGUGGCAGGGUACAAUGGCCCCAACCUGGUCCUGAAGUACGACGGGACCCAGAAACGGCUGGUGAACAUCGCUGUGGACGAGCGCAGCUCCCCCUACUAUGCACUGCGUGACCGACAGGGCUACGCCAUCGGGGUCACAGCCUGCGACAUUGACGGAGACGGCCGGGAGGAGAUCUACUUCCUCAACACCAAUAAUGCCUUCUCGGGGGUGGCAACAUACACAGACAAGUUGUUCAAAUUCCGCAACAACCGCUGGGAGGACAUCCUGAGUGAUGAGGUCAACGUGGCCCGAGGCGUGGCCAGCCUCUUUGCCGGGCGCUCUGUGGCCUGCGUGGACAGGACGGGCUCCGGGCGCUAUUCCAUCUAUAUUGCUAACUAUGCCUAUGGCGACGUGGGCCCCGACGCCCUGAUUGAGAUGGACCCUGCAGCCAGUGACCUCUCCCGGGGCAUUCUGGCUCUUCGUGACGUGGCUGCUGAGGCUGGGGUCAGCAAGUAUACAGGUGGCCGGGGUGUCAGUGUGGGCCCCAUCCUCAGCAGCAGUGCCUCAGACAUCUUCUGUGAUAAUGAGAAUGGACCUAACUUCCUCUUCCACAACCGGGGUGAUGGCACCUUUGUAGACACAGCAGCUAGUGCAGGUGUGGACGACCCUCACCAGCAUGGGCGAGGGGUGGCCUUGGCUGACUUUAACCGAGAUGGCAAAGUAGACAUUGUCUAUGGCAACUGGAACGGCCCGCACCGGCUCUACCUGCAGAUGAGCGCUCAUGGGAAGGUCCGGUUUCGGGACAUUGCCUCACCCAAAUUCUCCAUGCCAUCCCCCGUGCGAACUGUCAUCGCCGCCGACUUUGACAACGAUCAGGAGCUGGAGAUAUUCUUCAACAAUUUUGCCCACCGCAGCCCCUCAGCCAACCGCCUCUUCCGUGUCAUCCGUCGCGAGCAUGGGGACCCACUCAUUGAGGAGCUAAAUCCUGGUGAUGCCGCAGAGCCUGAGGGUCGGGGCACAGGGGGCGUGGUGACUGACUUUGAUGGAGACGGCAUGCUGGACCUCAUCCUGUCCCACGGGGAGUCCAUGGCUCAGCCGCUGUCUGUCUUCCGGGGCAACCAGGGCUUCAGCAACAACUGGCUACGCGUGGUACCUCGGACCCGGUUUGGGGCCUUUGCCAGGGGCGCCAAGGUUGUGCUCUACACCAAGAAGAGCGGAGCCCACCUGAGAAUCAUUGACGGGGGAUCAGGGUACCUGUGUGAGAUGGAACCUGUGGCACACUUUGGUCUGGGAAAGGAUGAAGCCAGCAGCGUGGAGGUGACCUGGCCAGAUGGCAAGAUGGUGAGUCGAAGUGUGGCCAGCGGGGAGAUGAACUCGGUGCUGGAGAUCCUCUACCCCCGUGAGGAAAACAGAGUUCAAGAAGUGGCCCCUCUGGAGUGUGGCCAAGGAUUCUCCCAGCAGGAAAAUGGCCAUUGCAUGGACACCAAUGAAUGCAUCCAGUUUCCAUUCGUGUGCCCACGAGACAAGCCUGUGUGUGUCAACACAUAUGGAAGCUAUAGGUGCCGGACCAACCGGCGGUGUAGCCGGGGCUUUGAGCCCAACGAGGAUGGCUCGGCCUGUGUGGCUCAAGUGGCCUUUUUAGGUAGGUAUCCUUCUGCCGCCUUUAGAAUCUCUGAGCCUCUCUCUUGGGCCUUAUAUCUUUCUCUAGGCCUUGGACUUUGCCUUCAGUUAUAUGCACUUUAAUCCUGUCAAUAAAGGAAAAAAAACUGAAAAAAAAAAAACUACAAUGUUAUUUCUGCCUACAGGUUUCUGCUGGGAAGUCCUGGCAGCUGAGAUAGAAAUAC